AUGUGGUGUGUGCGUGUGCAGACUUCUAGAAGCACUAUAAUCAAGCCACCCAACAUGAUCAUUCAAUCUAUCUUCAUACAAAUCACGUUUUGGUGGUCACUAUCGACGACGGUCGACUGUGUCCUGGUGGAGCAAGCAAGUGAGAGACGGAUAACCGCGGACAGCGUUCCGCUUCCCGACAUUCCGAUGGCCAGCGAGGAGAGCGUGCACAUGCUAACGGCCGUCCGAUUCCCACCGCCAGCGCUGUUCUUUGCCAAUCCUGACAAGAAAUGGUCGCUGGGUGAUUUCGAAAAACCUGAUCUGGUCGCGACUUACUCGGUCACUGAUGACGUGAUGGACAUGCAGGACGAACAAGACGCGUACCUACAGCAGGAUCCAACGACGACCACCGAACCGGAAACGGAAGUGGAAGCUGAGGCGACCACCAUAGUGGCUGAAGUCGACGAAUCGGUAAACGGACUGCAGCAGACGACCGGUGACAGACACGUGCAAAGUCUAAAGCCAGCCGGCGACGGACUCGAGGAAAGUUUGCAGCCAACCGUUGACGGACACGUGGAAAGUCUGCAGCCGAUUAGUGAUGCACUUGCAGAGAGUCUGCAGCCAACACACGACCGACUAGUGGACAGUCAGUCGACCACCGCCGGUCGGCUCGUUGUCGCGCUGAAGCAGCAGUCGCCGCCGAUGCGUAUCGUGAACCAACUGCCGGCAGACAGUUGGUCGGAAAAGCGAUGGACGGCCCCCCGAAACCGACCACGACGCCCGGUGGUAUCGGGACACGGCCGAUCGCCAACCCAGAAAAUCGUUUUGACCAGCCGACCGCUUCCGGUGCCCGACGCCGACGUCCGGUUUCCCGACGUCGAGUACGCGGUGGCCCGACUUGGUGAGCGGAAAAAUUUAGGCAAUUUUCACCGACAAUAGUGUAAUAACGUUAACUUGCUACUCUGAUUUCCGCGCUUUCAUAUCGUAUGGACCAAACGUCCGAAUUUGAUGCAAGCGGACAAAAGUUACGCGUUUUCGCAAUAAUAUAAUUGUACUGCGUGCUGAUAAUCCGGUGCGUGCAUAUUGGGUUUUAAAGAAAAAUAAUAAUAAUAACCGCCGUAACAUCCAUACCGUUACGAUGAUAUGACAGUUUAUUAUUAAUUAAUAAUCAUUAUAAUAUUAUGUUACACAAUAUAACCUGUUGGAAAUAAUUUAUUAUACAACCGAUUUUGUUUUUAUUUUAUAUUUCACCGGACACUCCGAUCUGUGGUUAGGAGUAAUACUGUAAUUUACAUUGUAUUAAGUCUCUCGAAUCCUGGUACACACGGUUAAACAAAAUUUAGAACAUAAUAAAUAAAUAUAUUUCAUAUAAAUUGAAACAAUCACAGUCUGUAUUCAUAAUAUAAGCACAUACAUAAUAAUAAACAUUU